AUGAACCUGGAAUGUUCGAUCAUCGCAAUCGACGCACAGGAUGAUUUUAAAGUGCGGGUUGUCCCUACCGUUCGUGGGAUAACCUUCAAAUUCAAAGGUUAUCAAGUGUCAAUCGAUAAUCCAUCCCCUGAAAACAUCGAAACAGAGGUGAGUAUGGAUGGUUAUGAAUUCACCUAUCGCAGACCUGGCUAUCGAUUCGAGGAGUGGAUGAGCCAUAUCAUGGAAAUAUUCCAGUCCAGGAGUAUACUUCAUUUUAAGAAAAAGCUACCAGAUCUGAAGUCUUUCCGGAAAUGUCUCGAUUCCUAUCGGGUAAUGUCAAUAUCUGAGGACCUGAAUACUAUCGACAUUCGAGAGAUUCUGAAAUUGUUCAGUGUCCAAAAGGAACUAGUCCUCGGAUCGAACCCAUUCUCCAAUAAAAUCGAAAGUAAUCCUUUUCUUCACGAAGUUUACAUUCAAAAUUACGAUAUGCUCUAUCUGGUGGAAUGGACUAAGAUUGAAUUGGACGAUUUAUUGGCGAUGAAUGCGAAAUAUCUCCAAAUCGAAUGUCCAAUAAUCUCGGAGAGAGACCUGAACCGCUUUAUCAAACACUGGAUGGCAGGGAGUAAUCCGAGACUCGAACACCUCGACAUAUCUUUCGACGGAAGGGUGUGGGACAAGAGUGCUCUAUUGAGAGGAAUUGAACAUCAAGUAAUACCUGAUGGUUAUGUAAGACGACUUCCGGAUUAUAUCACGGCUUCAGGUGAAUACGAAUAUAUUCGUGGUGGAUACGAUUUUCAUAGAAAGGAUGGAACAAGAGCUACAGUUCUGCCUAGAAUCUACGGAGAUUAUGAUUUCCAUAUUUUUGUCUGGUAUUAA